UGAUUUCUGUGAGUCAGUCGUAGUAUUUGUCUUGUCCCCCACCACAGACUGACUGUCUAGUAUACUCACUACCUUCUUUAUGCCCCGCCACCAAAUCAACGCAUACCAUGUCUGUCUAUAUGCCAUCCCAUAACCCGUCGGUCGACACUUGAUUCGCAAGCCACUGGUGCGUGUGUCGUGCUUCGGCACGGGCACACCCAUACACAUCACAUCGAUAUCUGUACAUGGCCAUCCCACCCGCGUCCCUCAUCAUCUCAGCGAACGGCCCGGCCGCCACACAAGCGUGCACGUCCACCAUAGCUGCCCCAGUCGGCUCAGUACUCCUGCGUCCUGAUGGGGAGCUUUUGUGCCUUGGCCUCUUCGAAGAUCUCGGCGGCCCGGAUGAGCUGCUUCUGCACCCUCUCGUCUCGAAUGUCCAGAAUCUCAUCCUCAAAGUAACCCUGACACACACACACACAGAGAGAGAGAAGCCAGAUAUGUGCCCUACACCCACUGCAGGAUUGACGACCGGCUGUGUGUGUGUGUCGUCCUCUCCCUCCCUCACCUGGUCAGCCUCGUUGUCGAAUAUUUUCACCAGUUUGACGUCGAAGAUGAACUGCCCGUCGGGCUGCAUCUGGGAGAGCAGCCGCUCGUAGCGGUACCGCUGCAUGAAGUUGAAUGGCGCCGGCAUGAACGCCCGCUCGUCGGUGGCGAAGUAAGACAGAAUGGGGUUGUUGGCAGGCACUAUCACGCGACGACGGCCACCAGCCUGAGACAACGAACGAAGUCAAACACGACCAGACCACAUACAUACAUCGUGUGUGCGUCUGUAUCCCUCCCUCCCUCCCUCCCUGCGUGUCUGUGUGUGUGGCGUGGAUUACCCUACCCUCAUGGUAUGAAUGGCUUCCUCCAGCCCUCUGAUUGUCCUCCCAUUGCCAUGGUGCAUCAACAUUUCCCCCCUGCCAUACUUGCCCUUGAGCUCCGCCUGAGAAGAAAAGUACUGCACGGGGGCGCUCUCCCUGUCGGUCUUCAUGUAGCCCUCCACAAAGGCCGACACGAACUGACCCCAACGCGGCGUCGGCCCAGUGCCCUGCUCAAAGUCGCUGAAGAUGACGCCUGACUUGGUGAUGAAUCCGUUCUUGGGCGCAGGGGGCGGCUGCUUGCUGGGCUCGAAGGGCUUAAACACGGCGUCAAAGAACCCCUCUGGUAGAGCCUCGCUGGGCCGCGGGAAAGACAGCGCCGCACCAGCCGCCGCGACAGCAGGCAUAGCGACCAGAGAGGAGAGGAAGGCUCGCCGCGGUGUGGUAGCAGACGGGACAUCUGCAUCAGCAUCACUCAGCCGCAUGCCCACCGAAGCGGAUCUUGGUCGCACUUUGGUAGGGGACGGAGCAGCGUAGAGGGCAGCAGGGGGACGAAAGGCUGAGGCGAACUCCAGCAGCGGGAGGCAUAAGACCGAUGCGAUGAGCCAUGAGGGCCUCCUGCUGAUACGAUGAUUGGAUCUCCAGUUGUGUUGAGGCUGUGCACUCUCCAGCUGUGAGGACGGCAUGCCCGUGCUGUCCUGGGAGGUCCACCUCUGCUCUGUUGGACUGCUCCUGCUGUUGGUCUGCAUCGAGAUCCCAGGUCCGUGGGCCCUCACGGCUCGAACGAACGAACGAAACCCAGCCUCCUUGGAAAC